GGCGCUUCCUCCGAGGCGGCGGCUGGGACGCCGCGGCUGGGCCCAAGAUGGACCUUCCGAAGCUGCUGGCCGCGCCGACCGCGCGCGGACCCCAACAUGGCGGCGGCGGCGGCCCCGGCCGGCUGCGCCGAGGCCCCGGGCCGCCGCCCGGCCCCGGCCCCGCGCGCCGCCGGCUGCUGCUGCUGCGGGGCCCCGAAGAUGGCGGGCCGGGGCCGCUGCGCGGGGAGGCCCGGGCGGCGUCGGAGGGCCCGCGGCCGAGUCCCCCGCCCCCGGAGGACGGCGGCGACUCCUUCGUGGUGCUGCUGGAAGUGGCGCGCGGCGCCGCGGCCGAGGCGCCCGGGCGGCGGGAGGUCGGGGCCAGCGCCGGCGCGAGCCCGGCCGGCCGGCCCCAGCAGGGCCCCAGCGGCGCGGCGGCCGCCGCCCCCGAGCCCGCGGCGGGCCUCGCGGGCCUCGCGGGCACCGUCACCAUCAACAGCCAGGACCUGCUGGUGCGCUUCGACCGCGGCGUCUUCACGCUGGCCGCCGCGCCGCCGCCGUCCGGCCAGCCGCCCCGGGGCCCGCCCGCGCCCCCGCCGCCGCCGGGGGGCGAGGAGGCCGCCAGCCCGGCCGAGGGCAGCCGCGGCCCCCCGGGCCCCGGCCCCGCCGGCUACCGCUGUCCCGAGCCGCAGUGCGCGCUCUCCUUCGCCAAGAAGCACCAGCUCAAGGUGCACCUGGUGACGCACGGCAGCAGCCAGGGCCGGCGGCCCUUCAAGUGCCCGCUGGACGGCUGCGGCUGGGCCUUCACCACGUCCUACAAGCUCAAGCGGCACCUGCAGUCGCACGACAAGCUGCGGCCCUUCGGCUGCCCCGUGGGCGGCUGCGGCAAGAAGUUCACCACCGUGUACAACCUCAAGGCGCACAUGAAGGGCCACGAGCAGGAGAACUUGUUCAAGUGCGAGGUGUGCUCCGAACGCUUCCCCACGCACGCCAAGCUCAGCUCCCACCAGCGCAGCCACUUCGAGCCCGAGCGGCCCUACAAGUGUGACUUUCCCGGCUGUGAGAAGACCUUCAUCACGGUGAGCGCCCUGUUCUCCCAUAACCGAGCCCACUUCCGGGAACAAGAGCUCUUCUCCUGCUCCUUUCCCGGGUGCAGCAAACAGUACGACAAAGCCUGUCGCCUGAAGAUUCACCUGAGGAGUCACACGGGUGAAAGACCUUUUGUUUGCGACUCCGACAGCUGCGGCUGGACCUUCACCAGCAUGUCCAAACUCCUGCGGCACAAAAGGAAGCACGACGACGAUCGGAGGUUUACAUGCCCCGUGGAAGGCUGCGGGAAGUCCUUCACGAGAGCAGAGCACCUGAAAGGUCAUAGCAUCACCCACCUGGGCACAAAGCCAUUCGAGUGUCCUGUGGAAGGGUGCUGUGCCAGGUUCUCCGCCCGCAGCAGCCUCUACAUCCACUCCCGGAAACACCUGCAGGGCGUGGGCGCCCCGAAGAGCCGCUGCCCGGUCUCCAGCUGCAGCAGGCGCUUCGCCUCCCAGCACAGCAUGAAGGCGCACGUGGUCCGUCAGCACAGCCGGCGCCCAGAUCUCUUCCCCCAGCUUGGAGCUGCGAGUUCUCUUCCACACAGCAGUGAGCUCGGCAGCCCAGGCCAGAGCGAGCUCAACAACAUCGACCUGGCAGCGCUCUUCUCUGAUGCUCCCGGGGACGGCGGGCGUGCCGCGGGGGCCUCGGAGGAGGCGCUGAGCUCGGGCAUCUUGACUGUUGACGUCACCUCUGUGAGCUCCUCCCUUGGCGGGAACCUCCCUGCGAAUAAUAGUUCCUUGGGGCCCAUGGACCCGCUUGUGCUGGUGACCCACAGUGACGUUCCUCCAAGCCUGGACGGCCCUCUGGUCCUUGGGACAGCGGCCACAGUUCUUGAGCAAGGCAGCUUCAGUGUGGACGACAUGCAGACGGUCAGCGCGGGGGCGUUAGGCUGUCUGGUCGCGCUGCCCGUGAGGAACUUGAGUCAGGACCCGCAGGCUUUGACCGCAGGAGACUUAGCAGACGGCACCGCUGCGUCGACCUCUCCGAGCCCCCCACCUCGAAGCACCAGUAGCCCGGAGCUGCUGGCUCCCAUCAAAGUGGAACUGGACUCGCUCCCGGGCCCCGAUCCCGUCAGGCAGCAGGAGCGGAGCCGAGGGGCGCCCCGGUUGGCGCCCUGCAGUCCUGCGGAGAAGCACAGUCCCCAGAAAGACGCGGGGUUCAGUGCGGGGACCGGCACCUUCUAUUUGCUGUGUGACGUUGGGCUGCCUCGAUUCUCUGAGCACAGAAGGUGUGUGGUGAAUGGGUUACAGGAAAGUGGGGGCUCAGCAAGAACUGAUUCCCGAGCCAUUCAUCUAGCCAAGAAAAAAAAGCAGAAAGGAGCUGGGAGCGAUGCAGGCGCGUCGGGGUCUGCUCAGAGGAAAGCGAAAGGUGGCAGAGUCAGCCCUACCCACGUGUACGCAAGCCAGACUGGCUGGUUGUGCGGGAACCUCGUGGUGCCCGGUGGAAGUGUGCCGGGACCAGCUCCAGCCGCCGGGGUCCAGUGUGUCCAGGUCCGGUUACUGCAGGACGACCCCGCAGGCGACACGGUCUCGCCGGUGCUCCGCCCGCAGCUCCCCACCCUCCCGCCGCUGCUCGCCGUGGGCGCACCCGUCUACGUCCUGCAGGAGGUGCUUCCUGCCGCUGGAGGGGCCGCCGGGUCUGAGGACGUGCAGUGCGCCGGGAGCACCAUCAACCCCCAGGACCUGCUGUGACAGCAGCCCUCUGCCCGGGGGCCCCCCCAGACCCCAUCCCGGGCUCUCGCAGGCCUGAGUGAGCCCCCACGUGGUCUCCGCUCAGGAGGCCAGCCGAGUUCUUUGGAGACUUUAGGGCACGUUUUUCCAAAAUCUGUUUCUUACGUGAUAUCGUGAACCCGUUUGGGGCUGUAUGAGCUGCACCUGCCUCCUCCGAGCGGCGUACGGCCUGAGGCGAGGGUUGUGUCAGGCAGAAGCGCACCCCUUUUCCCAUUCGGCUGUGCACCCACAGCCUUUGUCCCGUUUGACCCAAGCUGUGGGGCCCCUGCUGCGUUAAAGCCCGGACUUCUGCCGGAAGUCGGGUCAGGCGCAGGUUCCCCAGUCAAGGACCGUUGUGUCCGUAGCAAACCUAAGUGGGGGCUUUGAGCUUAGCUUUGAGCGUGUUAGCAUUUGGCCUGAGACGGGCCUGGAAACCAUCUCCCCUUUCCGAGCUAACAGGCUGUCCCCCAGCCCCUCGCGGCUCUGUAGUUGGGUUGAGGUUGUCCCCGUGUGGGGCAGAAGCGGUCCCGUUGUCCCAGCGAUGGCAAAUUCAAAUCCGCAUUUUGGCAGGACCAGGCGGGUGGCUGGCAUGAGGGGAAAGUGGUGGGGGUGAAGUGGGGCACCGGGGGCCCUGUGAGCGGGGCCUCGGCACAGACCAGAUCUGGGGCUCAUAAUUCGGGAAGGCCAGAGCUAAAACUUUAAAGGGAGUUUUUCCAAAUUCUGGAUUUGGAUGUUAACGUUUAACAAUAACUCGUCGGCCCUUUCUGAAGUCACGUCCUGAGCCCUGCAUGUCGCGUGGAGGCCGGGAGAGGGGCCAGCGUGCUCGCUGCCAUGGCUGCAGAGGUGCGCCCGCCGGGUCACCAGGCCUUCGUCCCCAGGGCAGUCUGUCUGGCGGAGCAGGCGAGCUGGCACCUUGCACGUAUUUAUUUGUGUGUCAGCGGGACCGGAUGCGGGGGCACGCAGGAUGCUGGCGUUUUUGCCUUGUGCCUUUUGAACUGCAUGUUUGUUCAGAUGCUGUUUUGGUUCUUGGACUUGGACUUGUCCAAACUCUGUUUUGUGUUUUUUCAUUUCUUGGUUUCUGGACUUGGGCUUUUGGGAGUGACCCCACCGUCUGGUUGUGAGUCAUCUCUCUGUCCUGCUCCGAGGUGCUGUCUGUCCAGGGAGCUGCUCCACCCAGAGGGACUUGGGCCCCGUUUAUCAGUGGUCUUUACCCACAGGACUCUGUGCCGCGCCUUAGCCUCCAGGUCGCCCAGAAGUCCCCCCCCCCCCCACGAGGAGCCAGCCUGCCUGCCAGCAUGGCCUUGGGGGCAGGUGGCCUACUGACCACACCGUGCUGUCCUUCUGAUGGGGGCAGGGGGCGGGCUGCCGGGACAUUCUCCCAGGGGUGUGUCGCUGCACCUUCCCCGGAGCGCCCCCUGUGAGCGCCCACCACUGUGAAGCAACCGGUACUGGCUGUCCGUGUUCUGGGCACGACGCCCCCGGGGGCGAGGGCCCCACGUCUAGUACGGAGGAAUAAAAGUUCUUGUAUAAUCGCGCCGAGGCAUCGCUUGGCUUAAUCCGCAGAACCGUAUGGACGGCA